CGAGAAACACGACAGACAGCCCCCCGUCUGCACCGAAAUGUGUCCGAGUUUUGCUUCAGUGCCGCCGAAGUGUCCUCUUACAGGAGUCCGUGCUAGCUAGUUUUGGCGUCGACGUUCCCGUUAGUGGACGCUGCUUGUUAGCGACAGCACGGAUUCGCCACGUUGUUUAAGUGGAAGUUAAGUCACGCGAGUGUGUUAUUAAGUCACUGAAAACUGUAGUUCAUGAUUGCAGCAUACAGUGUAGAGCUUCAACUGUGAAUCAGAGUUUCCAGAGAUCCAAAGAAGAGAAAAGGUGUCUGAUCCUGUAGUCUCCACCAUCAGUUAGUAUCAACAUUUGGAACCAUGUGGAAUCCAGCGAAUGGCAAUGACCAGUUGGGACAAGUGACUGCCAGGAUGGAGACCACACCGUCUAUGGGUAGUGCGAGCAUCUCCAUCUCCCAGCAGCAGGCACCCAAGAAAUUUGCUCCUGUGGUUGCACCCAAGCCUAAGUUCAACCCUUACAAACAGCUGGGGGAUGCCACCCAUUCUGACCCUGCAGCGGACUACCCUCCCCCUCCACCACCUGCUGAAGACUCAGCCGGUUUCCCAUCUUCCCCUGGUUCCUUCCCUCCUCCACCGCCGGUGAACUCGUACGAUUAUCAGAUGAAAGGACCAGAGAAAACCCUGGAAGAGAGACGCUCCAGCCUGGAUGCAGAGAUCGACUCCCUCACCAGCAUCUUGGCAGACUUGGAGAGCAGCUCGCCUUACAAGCCACGAACCACACAAAAUUCUGGAUCUUCGGCAGGCUCCACCCCCAACGCUCCAGUGACUGGUUACAAGCGUAUGGUCAUUCCAACUCAGCCACCUCUGACUGCCACUAAGAAGUCUAUGCCCAAACCUCAGGGCCCCGGGGGAGUCUCAUCUAUCCCGCCUUCUUCUGUCAGCCCGGUGGCCAAGCCUCAAAGCCACAUGGCUCCUCAGCCUGUUCCAGCCUCCUACGCUACAGCAUCGACCCCAAGUCAGCCCACCUUCAAUGUCCAGGUGAGGUCGGCCCAGCCCGGCCCCCAGCAUCAAGCCCCAGGUGGGCACCACUUUGGCCAGCAGCCCAUUCGCAGCCCAGCACAGGUGCAGUACAUGCCUGCCCAGCCCAAAGGUCCUGACUUUGCUUACGGACCGCCGCAGCCUGGUUUCUCUCCAAUGACACAGGGUGGAUACCAAGACCAGCACCAUCCAGGAGGACCCCAAAUAGGUGGGAUGAGUUCCAGAAGACCUGAGCCUGUCCCGGCUCAAGCAUACCAGCCCCCAGGCCCCAAGAAAACCUACAUCACAGAUGUGCCACCAAGCUUGGCCCCUUACAGUUCUGGACCUGUUGUUCCACCGAAGGGCAGUGCUCCCGUGGCUCACCCUGAAGAUGAGCUGGAACGCCUGACCAAGAAGAUGCUGUUUGACAUGGACAACCCUCCAUCUGAGGAGUAUUUUGGACGCUGUGCCAGCUGUGGAGAGAACGUCGUGGGUGAAGGCACCGGCUGCACCGCCAUGGACCAGGUCUUCCAUGUCGACUGCUUCGUCUGCAUGACCUGCAGCACCAAGCUGCGGGGCAAGCCCUUCUACGCUGUGGAGAAGAAGGCGUAUUGCGAGCCGUGCUAUAUCAACACCCUGGAGACCUGCACCAUCUGCAGCAAGCCCAUCAUGGAGCGCAUCCUGCGGGCCACGGGAAAAGCCUACCAUCCUCACUGCUUCACCUGCGUGGUUUGUCACCGCAGCCUGGACGGCAUCCCGUUCACUGUGGACGCUUCCAACCACAUCCACUGCAUCGAGGACUUCCACAAGAAGUUUGCUCCCCGCUGCUGUGUUUGCUCUGAGCCCAUCAUGCCGGCACCUGGUCAGGAAGAAACUGUUCGUAUUGUGGCUCUGGACCGUGACUUCCACGUGCAGUGUUACCGCUGCGAGGACUGUGGCUCUCUGCUCUCAGAGGGGGAUAACCAGGGCUGCUACCCGCUGGACGGACACGUCCUCUGCAAAAACUGUAACACCAGCCGCAUCCAGGCCCUCACCGCCAAGGCCACCACGGACCUCUGAACAGCCGCUCACCUCCACUGUGAUAACCCAGUGCUCGCUCUGUCUCUCUCUGUCUUCCUCUGCAAACAUACCCAACCACAGACGCCUGCAUUCCUCUGCAUAAACAUAUGUAUCCCCCUAUAUACACUAUAUAAAUAUAUAUAUAUAUAUAUAUAUAUCCACCUUCAGUUACAAGAAGUAGCCUCACAUCCACCUGCAUUCGUGUAACUAUCGACUCGGUACAGUCACUGCAGACGAAGCUGCGUGUUAUUUAACUGUAUGUUUAUAAAAGGAAUAGUUCAACAUUUCGGCAAGUUACAUCCUUUCUGGCAAGAAGGGAACUCUCUUGUCUGUACGCUACAAAAAAAGGUAACAAAAUCUGUCUUCGAGCACCUCUAAAGCUCACUGAAACUGGGAUUACAUAUUCACUUAUAUAUUACAUCUUUUUAUUGUAAACAUGCCAAUGUAACUAGCUCACUCUCAGCCACAAAGCAUUGAAGCAUAUUUCCUGAAAUGUUGAACUGUGCUUUAAAUAAUCACUCCAAAUCCAUCAUAAAACAAUAUACAUAAUAUCUUUAGUUAUCAUCACUGUGUGUGUUUCAGCCAUCCAUGCAUCCACCCACAUGUUCCUCGCUGACCUAAAAUGUCCACUAGAACAUGCAAAAAUGUUUGGCACCUCUCCUCUGCAGGUGAAAUCAUGGUUGGAUGUGUGUGGCUUUGAGAAAACCCAUGUGUUGUCUCUAACAUGCCUUUUAUUCCGUAGUGCAGAUCCACAUACAGUGCAGUGCACAAACGGGGAUAAAAUUACACACCAAACGCCAUGAUUGCAAAACAGUUCUGCAUAACUGAACACCAAAGAAUUGAAUUUAAACUGCCAUAUUUCCUGUGCACUUACUUUACAUGCAACUAUAUGAAAACAUUAUUUACAGUGUACUGAUUGGAACUGCAGGAACUACAAACAGUAAUUCCUGCUGUCAAGAACAAAACAGGCAGCUGCUGGAUGAAAUUCCCUUUUUAGAACACAUUAUUUUCUUCAUGUUUUCCAGUUGAAUUUUCUUUAAUGUAUACGGUAGGUUAUUUUCCGUUGGCCUCACCAGUACAAUCAUGUGAGUCUGUUCAUGUAAACACGGCCUUAUAUUUGAAUUUAAUUAUAUAUUUUUUCAACAGAUGAGUAUGUAACUUGCCCCAUCCAUCGCGCCGUAGAUUAGAUCAGUGCUUGUACUGUAAGUAGUCUGGCGGAGAUAAGGAAUAUUACACGGCUAUGCAAUUUUUAAUGCUAAUUGCAUCGACACUUUAUAAGAAAUUUUAUGAAUAAGGAAAUAUUUUACGUGUACAGAUGCAAGAAUAAGUGUCCUUAUAGUAACCCUUUAAUCAAAAGUAUGCUGUACUGUGUGACUUUGUGUGUCCCUGUGCUGUCUGUCAGUAUUGAUUGUGCCAUUGACACUCAUCUUUUAUAUUUAGUGUUUGUUUAAAGUUGAUGGGUGAAGAAGGGACCAUGAGAGUUUCCCAAAAAAUUAUUUUAUUAAGUCUGAGAGUUGUGGACCAGUAGUGGAAUAAUUUAAUCUGAUCAUUCAAUAUAAUUACUGCAGCAGUACGAGUAGUGCAACUUUCAACGGCGAGUUAAAGGCACCCUGUGGAGUUUUUCACCGCUAGUGGCUCUAUGGAGCAGUUGUUUCUGUGCCUUCAUUUUGUUUUACACUGGCCCACAUGCAGAGGUGGAGCCAGUGAUGUCACCAGGUGAGGAGAAGAUCCUCCCUGGAAUUUGACUGGCCACCUACUAGUUCACCUACGACACCUAGAGUAGGAGGGUGUUAGGUUUACUUACAGUAUGAGAACAUCUGAAUGAUGUAAAAUUACCUCGAUGUAACAUCAAGAAGAUGCGAAAUGAUGACAGACAUAAAAUAACAAUAAAAUGACAAAAAAACAAACUAAAAAGGAUGAAAAACAAAGGGACAAAAACUACAAAGAGAUAUACAAUGACUACAAGAUGACACAAAAGAACUACAAAGACCCACAGAAUGACUACAAAGAAAUGCAAAAUGAUGACAAAAUGAAACAAAACAACAAAGACGUGCACGGCUUGAGAUUCAUGCAAAAUGAUUACAAAAAGAUACAAAAUGGCUGCAACACAUGAAACGACCACAAACUGUUGCAAACAAAAUAUGUAAGGACAUAAAAGAACUAAAUAUAACAAAAAAAUGCAAACAGAAAAAUGUCAAAGUGAUACAAAAUGCCUAGAAAUACAUACAAAACUGUAAUGACAGAAAACGACUACAAAGAGAUUGAAGAUGUCGUGGGGUAACGACAGGCGACAAUGAAGAAAUUCAACAUGUUAAAGGAGAUAUUUAACAAUUGCACAGAAUUACAGGGAUCUGCAAAGAGAUGUAAAACAGACUGAAAGUGGUGUCAAAGAACUACAAAGAGACAAAACGACAAACUCACUAUAGAGUGAUGCAAAACAACCAAACUGACUCACAGAACGACUCCAAACCAAGUAUGUGGGCGACAUGAUGCACGUUUUUUUUGCUGUUUUGCACUACUGCGAUGAUCGACAGUUUGUGGCAUUAGCAUGCAGCACGGUGUAGCACAAUCUACAGGCUAAAAAAUAAGGACCUGAAAAUUCUAUGAUUUAUUUUGAAAAGAAAUUGCAUUUUAGGUGAAAACACCAAAACACAGUGUUAAUUUGUUUCCAAGAAAACUCCACAGGAUACCUUUAAACAACAAAGACAACGUGGUUAAUAAGUAUUAAGUUGUAUUUGAUUGAUAGUUUAUUAGCCGGAUUAGUUUACAUCCAGCCACUUAAUACAACAGAGUAUUUCCCAACCUGCCUCAUAGAUGUCUUGUGUAUGUGAAUGGUUAUAUUAUGAACAAAGCAAAUAAUUAUGAUUUUAGAGAAUUCUUUUUUCUUCUCUUUACUGUUUUCCUCAAACAUGAAAUAAUGGUGUUUAAUGCCAAGUGAAAUGCAAACAAAAAUCUCUAAAUGCUGUAUCUGUUGUCAUCAGGACGUUCUAUCACAGCAGAUCACGUUUCGCUGUUUUAACCCAGGUAAGACUUUGUAAACAACUGUGCUAAUAAUGCUAGUGGUAAGUUAACACUAAAUGGUAAGUUGACAUCUAUCAAAACUUAGCCAGGACACAUUUUCUACAUAAAAACUGACUAAAGUUACUAUUCGAAAUGUAAAGGAGUACUUAAAGGUGAAGAGGUGACUCGCUGGCUGGACAGUUUGUAUUUGGUAGCAGACAGAACCAGCGUUUACUCACUUCCAUGCCUGAAGCAGGGACGGAGCGAAGGCUGGUUCUCCAAAAGGUUAGACAACCUAAACUUCAUGUCCUCAGGAAGUUUUCCAUCAAUAUUUGGAGCCGCAUCCUUGUAGACGACCAGUUCAUCGGUCACAUACAGAAACCCAAAAGACAGCAAGACUUGUACAGUUUAGUGAGAUCCGAGUCCACCACUUGAAAUGCAAAUUUGUUAUGUGGCUUGAAGAUAUUUUAAAAUGUCUCAGUAGUGUCACAAAACUCUUUUUCCAGCUAUUCAGAGACAUUAUUUACAGUCAUUUUCAUGCAUCCUUCAUUGUAAAUCGCAGUUCAUUUUGAAGAUGAUGAGCUAAAGCUUUGGAACAAAGACAUUCAAAUUUUCUCUUUAGCCAGAGAAGAUGUUUGUUUUUAUUUUAUCUCUACUGCUUUGAAAACAGCCACACAGUAUAUCACACUGGCUGCAUUAUGUGCAAGAGCAGAUCCAUCGUUUUGCCCAUUUGACACUUGACUCAGUCAUCUGAUUACUGCUGGCUGAGACUCUCCAUCUAUCAUUGUCACGUAUGUUGCUGUGCACAUGGAUGUUGCUGGGGAACCAGUUGGAAUCUCACUUUAUCUCUGUGUUAAAGAACAAUACAGACCCUUCAGACCUGCUUAGAUAAUCUGACAGCGGAGUUGAAGUUGCACCAACAAAUUCACAUCAGGUGAUGAAAACACGGUUUUUCAACGUGAUCUAACAGGCAGAAGUUUAAAAAAAAACUACAGUUAUUAUCAUUAUUAAUGCUCUAAAUGCAGCUGUAGUUUACAGGCUGUGUAGCAGGACAGUUGAUGGCUUUACUUUAAUUUCUCCAACAGCCUGAAAGCGUUUUUUCAGGACUUAGCGCACAGCUGAAUCAUCCUCGUCCUCUGUUCAACUACAUUACUGACACUGUGGGUAGUAUACAGAAAACUAGCCAUAUCAACAUCAAAAUAUAUUCCACAAUAUUGCACAAAGCAUACUUUCCACAUACUGUAUUCAAUACAAAAGUCUGGAAGAUGUUUGUAAUUAAACAUUAACUUCUUUCAUGUGAGGAAUAAUAUACCGGUAGUCCAUGGUUGUCUGAUGAGCUAUGGCAAUAUUAUUUGACAGUGAAAUGAGCUGUUCUUAUAGUUUGGUAUGGUAAAAAUGUAUGCAGUUGAUUAAAAGUUGAACAACAUUGUGUCAAAUCUAAGCAAUUUUUAACAGCACACAAGUUGCGAGAAUUAAAAGCUGCACCAAUCAAUAUUUGUAUAUUGACGAUGGAUUAAAUAACUGCAAAGCGAAAGGUGCUAUUCACUGUUGUACAAAAACAUAGACUGCAUAAAAAGAUGGACGUAGCAAUGUGACGUCACUAACUGGUUUGUGGACGUCAUUCUGAAGCCUCGAGUUUAGAAUUUCUCCGUCUUUGUUUUUUGAAACCAGACAGGACCAACCAUGUACCCUGAUUCGUUCGUGACUUGUCGAUCAAAAGGUAGCCACGCCCUAAAACAUUCCCUGUUUUAUUUCUAUUUUCCUCUAAAUAUUUUACUAAAUUAACAUCAUGCUGUAUUGAACGAGACUUGAAAUUAGCAAUUGAGACCAUAGACCCAUUAGUAAAAUGUUUACUGAGGUAACUAAUCAAGUGAGAAUUAGGGUCAUUUUCUCACACACUUCUAUAUAAUCACUUCUUGCAUCCAGAAGUCGCCCCCUGCUGGUUGUUUAAGGCACUUUACAGACCUGGAGGCUACGUCCAUCUUUAACAUCCAGCUAUAAUAAGCAGCAGUUUUCAGUGAAAUAGUUGUGAUGAAUCUAUGCUAUUCUCUGACCUGCCUCACAGACAAAGUUAGCAGCUAGCCGAUGAUCACUGUGUAACAUUUAGCUGCUGAUACUUCAUUUAGGAAACCAAAACACAACAUCAAAUAAACGCUAAUGUAGCUCCAUAACUGCGGGUUGGCUGUUUGCUACCAUGUUAGUCGUAUCUCUGUCAAAAUAAGAGUUGGGGGUUAUAGUUUGUUAGUAUUUAACUACAAUUUAAUGUAAAAGAUAGCCGGUGAAGUUAGAGAAAAGCUAAAAUGCUUUAAAAUAAGAGCUACAAGCUGCUCACCAAGCAGGAAACAAAUGAUUUUAUUAGUGAUGAAUGACUUAGCUGGUUUUAAAAAUAACAUUUAGUGUUACUGCAUUUUAUUAUUGGCUUAUUAGCACAUGUUUUGUACAAAGCGUACCCUGGUCUGGUCCAUGUGCACAGAGUUAAAUCUCUGCUGUGGGCUGUUGUUGAUGUGCCAAAGCUGUAUUAAACUCUCCUGUUGAGGGUUUUCCUGCACCGUCUCUGGACACAUCACACAUCUUCAUGGGAGCUCAUAUGAAUAUACAGCAUGAAUCCUCCAACAAAGCUUGACGCUACAAGUAUAAACUAGACCGUUUAAUGAUUUUUUUUUAAAAAAUUUGUUCUGUGUAUUUAUGUUGUCUACUGUCUUUGUUCUGCCCUUGUUUGCGAAAGUGCCUUUGGCUGAGCAGUAUUGAAUCACUAUACUGUUGCUGUGUAUUUCAUAUUUCUCCAUGCCUCAAAGAUUUUGCCUUGUUUCCUUGUUUUGUUUUUUACCAAAGUAAAUAAAGAGGAUCCCUUUUGUUUGGACCAACUCUGAAUGCACACAGUAGAUGUUUCCACCAGGUGUGGUGCUUUAGGCUGCAGCAGCUGUGUUUUAAGUGGUGUUGAGUGUGAAACUCACCUUAAAGAGCCUGAUCUGCUGUUGUUAAAGUAACGCAUCUGUUCUUGAUCUUUGGAAGGGGCACGAUGUAGUCUUGUUUUUAUUCUUUCCUCAAUAAAAGCUUUGCAAUAGC